AUGUAUUUCUUCCUCACUGCUUUGAAGAUUGCUCAUGUUCUGAAUGAAGAGAAGGCAGUAGCAUUGACAAAUACCGAUGGAGAACCUACAAGUAAAGAAACACUGCCUAAAUUUGCCGAAAGCACACCAAAGGAACUAUGGGAGGAUCUCGACAAGAAGUACAAAAUUGAAGAUGCUAGCAACAAGAAGUUUCUUGUGAAUUGUCGGAAAGAGUUGAAACAAAAGAAAGAUACAAUGACUAUGCAAGAAUUGAUAAAAAAAGCCGAUCAUUUCAAGAAACAGUGUAGAGUUUAUCUCAAGGAGAAGCAACAAAAGAACCAAGCCAACAUGGUUGACAAUGAUGAUUUGGCUGCUAUGAUAUCUGAAGCAUACACAAUUGGUGAUGAUGAGGAAUGGUGGAUAGAUUCUGGUGUAACCAAACAUAUUGCCAAGAACAAAAACUUGUUCAAGAUUUAUGUACCUAUAGUAGAUGAACAAGAUCUCUUUAUGAGAAAUUAUUCAACUGCUAAGGUCAUAGGAAAAGGCACAGUGGUUCUGAAUCUCACAUCUGGAAAGAAGCUUACUUUGACUAACGAAAACAUCAUAGUGUCCAAAGGAGGAAUUUAUGUUGGGAAAGGAUAUGCAUCGAAUGGGAUGUAUAAUGAUGAUGUUGUUGCAAUAAAAUGGAUAAAGAAUAAUCCAAAAAACAGAGAGAAUCAACGGAUGAUUGAAAGAGAGAUACAUAUUCUAUCACAAAUGAAUCACGACAAUAUAGUGAAGUUCAUUGGCGCGGCUGCCCAUGAAGCGUGUAUUAUUAUAGUAAUGGAGUUUAUGGAAGGAGGAGCACUCGUGGACUAUUUAGCGGAUGAUGACAAAACUGUAGAUUUAAAAAAAAGUAUACGCUUCGCCCUCGACAUAAGUAAAUCUACGGAGUAUGUACACGGAAAGAAUAUACUCCACCAGGACUUGAAAACCGGAAAUCUUGCACUCUCAAAGGACAAAGUGACAGUAAAGCUGCUGGAUUUGGGGCUAGGGGAGGAUGAAAUAACUGAAAUGAAUGUUAAGUCAGGUACAACCAUGUAUAUGGCUGUUGAGAGCGAUUUAAACUAUGAUCUCAAGACUGAUAUCUAUAGUUUCUCCAUCAUUCUUUGGGAGUUGCUAACAGAUCAAUCACCAUUUGGGGUUUAUACAGGAAAUCUUGCACUCUCAAAGGACAAAAUGACAGUAAAGCUGCUGGAUUUUGGGCUAGGGGAGGAUGAAACAACUGAAAAGAAUGUUAAGUCAGGUACAGCCAUGUAUAUGGCUCCUGAGGACAAAAGGCCUAGUCUGAAAGGCAUUCCGGAAGCAAUCAUCCCCCUCUUGGAGAGAUGUUGGGAAACUGCACCUCACACCCGUCCAGAGUUCAAUGAGAUUAGCAAAAGACUGAUUGAGUUCUUUGGAAUCAUCUAG